UAAAAGUAUUAAAAUACCAAGCAAUUGCCAAGCGAUUUUGUGAAGAUAGCAUUACAAUUUAAUAAAAUUUUCUGUUAAUAUAAAUUUAAGUACGCAACAAAAUUAUUAUACUUAAUACUUUCUAAAGAAUUGGAAAACACGUAUACAAAAACAUAGAUUAUUUGAUUUAUUGAGAUAACUGCUGCAGGUUUUAGACAGUAAAUAAUUAAAAACAUGAGAUGAUAUCACCAAGAAACAAAAGAAAGCUCUAUCGUACAUUAAUUAAAAUUAUCUGAAGUAUUUUACCUUAUCAUUUAUAAUCUAAUAUAAAAAUUAAAAAAGAACUAUUUGGUAACUAGAAGAAAUGAAUGAACAUGAUAGAUCAAAUUAUCGGCCAACUUCUAAUGUUGAUUGGAAUAGAUUUGGGUUAGGAAGUGAAGAUGAACCAAAUUUCCAUCGGCGUCAACGGGGAAACUCUGGUGGUUUUGUAGAUUUGGGAGCAGAAUAUGAAUACGCAGCUGGUGGACACCAAGCUUCGGGGGCAAAUGAAAUUUUUGCUGGCGAACAAGGUGAUAAACCUUGGUGGCGAACAAAUUUUUUUAUCACGCAACCAGUCUUAUUUGGUACUUGGGAUGGUGUAUUCACGUCUUGCUUAAUUAAUGUCUUUGGUGUGAUUGUUUUUCUACGGUCGGGAUGGAUUGUUGCCCAAGCUGGAAUAAUAAAUGCAGUUUUGCUAAUUAUAUGUACAGUAGGUGUAGCGUUAAUAUCAAUUUUAUCGGCUGUUGGAAUAUGUGAAAGAUGUCGAGUCGAAAGUGGUGGAGUAUACUUUUUGAUUGCCCAUACCAUGGGAUCUAGAUUUGGAGGAUCACUUGGGUUAAUUUAUUGCUUUGGUCAAGCUGUUGGUUGCGCUCUAAAUGUAAUGGGCUUUGGGGAAUCUAUGGCAGGUCUUGUAAACAUGGAUGGUAACAAAUGGGUAAUAAGAGGAUUUGCAGCUUCAGCUGUCCUCUUAUUAGGAGUAAUUAAUGUUGCUGGUGUGAAAUGGGUAGUAAAAUUGCAAUUUGCUUUACUUAUUAUAUUACUAUUGUCAGCAUUAGACUUUAUGGUCGGAAGUUUUGUUGGAGAAGAUAGAGCUCAUGGUUUUGAUGGAUGGAUAAGCAAUAAUUUUGUAGAAAAUUUAUUUCAAAAAUAUGAACAAGGUUACUCUUGGUUUACAGUAUUUGGGGUAUUUUUUCCCACUGUUACCGGAGUUUUGUCAGGUAUAAAUAUGAGCGGUGAUUUACGUGCACCAUCGACUGACAUUCCCAACGGAACUUUGGCGGCAUUUGGGACUUCGACAUUUUUGUAUCUAGUCUUUAUUUUAUUUUUGGGUGCUACAUGUCGUCGAGAUAUCCUUUAUACUGAUUUUAUGAUUGCUGUGAAAGUUUCUGCAGUACAAUUUUUACUUUUAGCAGGUAUUUAUGUUUCUAGCAUGUCUAGUUGUUUAGGUGCUAUGUAUGGAACGCCAAGAGUUUUGCAAAGCAUUGCAAAUGAAAAUGUGAUACCAGGAAUUGAAAUUUUAGGAAAAGGGCGAGGGCCCAAUAAAGUUCCAUUAUAUUCGAUGGCGGUUGUUGCUACAAUAACAAUAACAUUUAUCAUCGUAGGUGAUAUAAAUUUCUUAGCCCCAAUUGUAACAAUGCCAUUUUUGUUAACAUAUGCCUGCAUUGAUUACGCAUAUUUUGCAUUAGCGCAAACUUUUGAUAUACAGGAAAGAAGAGAAGAAAGAUUUCGUAUUCAAGCUCAAAGUCCCUUAUAUGAAAAUCGUAGAUAUGGAGCGGUUCAAGACGAUAACGACUUGGAUCAUUUGUUUCCAGAAAGAACAAGACACAAAAAUUUACAGAGUCCAAAAAAUUCACCACAACAUGUGCCUUCUUUUCAAAAUCAAAUAUUAAAUCAGACUGAUCAAAGCUCUUCUGUAGCGGCUCCAAUUAUUCCGACAAGCAAUAGUGUGAAUAGUAACAUCGAUGCAGUAUUUUUCCGAGAUGGAACAAAUAGUACAAAUAAUGGAAGUGUUACAAGUUUGGAAGAUCAAACAAGCGUCGGUACAGGUGAAGAAGAACCGAUUGCACCCAUUCGAGCCCCAAUUCAUUCGAAAACUAAAAAUUGGUAUUCAGGAUUUUGUAAUCGUUGGGCUUCCUUGAUUGGGGCGAUGACCAAAAUUUUAAUUAUGAUGUUAGUUAACUGGAUAUAUGCAUGCAUAUGUAUAUUAAUCGUUUUCAUCAUUUGGUUUUAUGUGGGAACAGCUAAUCCAGCUGUUAAACCUGGGUUAACUUCAGAAUUUCGAUUUUUUGUUUGGUUAAAAAAUGUUAUUUUUCGUUGUUUUGGAAAACGUAUGACUGAUUACGAGCAAGUAGUGGUGACACCUACUUAUAAUCCAAAUGUAUCACCAACUCAACUUAAUGAAGAUAAUGAAGAUUUUUCUCAAAGAAGACGAUAUCAUCACUCAUCACCAGUGCAAGGCCAUUAUGUUGAUGACAUUUAGAUAAAGAGAAAGAAAACUGUAUUUGACAGUGAUCCUCCUGGUUUAGAACAAAAAUUAUUUAUUUAAAGUCAAAUGUUAGAUUUGAAAUUAUACAAUGUUUUUUAGUUUUUGUCAACUAAUAAUAUUCAAAAUGCAUUUUAAUUUUGAAUAAUAAAUUUUGAUGUCUAAUUGC